GAGCGGAAGAGUUCCGCUCCCAGUAUCCUCAGACAUCUAUAUAUAUAUAACACGACCGUUUAAUUUCUCCACAGCAAAUUAAAAUGAGAUCUGUAACGAGGUUGUGUUCUCUCGCGCGUGAACUGACCUCCACCGUGUUCUCCGCAUGGCUCCUUCAUAUUUUCAAGAUUGUAUUGCUGGCCUCGAUUGUGGCGAUGAGUGCCUGCGGGCGAGUAAUGACGGAUUUGAAGUACAACGCGAUGAUUAGGAAGAGGACUUCGCGGUUCGUUUACAGGCGGCGGCGGCGAUUUUCGCGGAGGGCGGCGGCGGAGGUGGGGGCGCUGGAGUGCGCGAUUUGCAUAACGGAGUUCGUGGACGGCGAGGUGGGGACGGAGCUGGAGAGCUGCGGACACAAGUUCCAUGCGGGGUGUAUCGAGAGGUGGUUGGUGCAUGGGAAAGGGCACGCCAGCUGUCCGCUUUGCCGGGUCCCGGUUGUGCAGGACGGCGUCGUGGAAGAGCACCGGAUAGCGAAGAGUGAGGGCCGGUUAAUUAGCAAUGUCUUUGAGGUGGAGUUGGGGCUGCUGUUGCUUCCGAUGGGGCUCCGGUGGGGGAGUUGCUGUCGACGCUCCAAUGUUGACUGCUCGCCGGUGACUAGUAGUAGGGUUUGGUAACACACGCACUAACACUGGUACAAUGCAAAUUGGCCAUUAAAUUUGCAGAGAUUUACUUUCGAAUUUACGCUAUCACUUUUACUCUCUGGUGUGACAGACAAUAAUGAGUAAAACUUAAGAGUAACAUAUGAGAGUUCACAUAGUAAUUUCCUUUGCAACAUGCCGACGGAGAUCAAGUUGACACAUCUCAAAACAAAAUAGAGAUGUAGAGUGUAAAGUUUAUGGUUAAUUAAGAUGUGGGUCUAGUAUGAUCCCUACUUGUAUGUGUUUGGUAGUGUUAUCUUGAGAAUAUUUUGUUUGAAGAUAAUAUUAUUAGCAUUUUUUUUCUCAUUUGUAGGGGCCUAGGGGAAUAGUUUAUUGGCAUAGAUUGACAUUGUUUCUUUAGAUAUUUCAUUGGGUGGAUUAUAGUUAAUGUAAUGAUGAGAAAAAAAUAUAUUUAUAGAUCAUCAAUUAAAAUU